GCUCAGCGGGAAGCAAACCGGGCCGGCGAAGCAAGCGGACAUUUACGAGUGCCCGCGCUUCUCAAGAAUUCACCUCGCCGUCACACACACACACAUACGCAGGAAAUAAAGUUCUGUAUAUAUAUAUAUGCGUUGCUGUGUAACGUCCCUCGACCCUCACUUUUUCUUUUCUUUCCUUUUGUCCCCAAAACGCCAACUACACGUUUUAAUUCAGUGGUAGUGCGGCGUUGAAACCCCCUCCCUCUUCGAUCACCGACCAUGGCGUCCACAUCGAGCGUCUCCGCUCCUUCGCCCUCUACAACCGCGGUCCCCGCUCCUUUUGUAUUGCCGUCUCUUCUCGCGUCAGACACGACGUCUCGCCGACCCUCCUCUCCGUCUUCACCGCCCAAGUUCGUCGGUGGAAGUGCGCCGCACGACGCUCACGUACCACCCCGAUUAGAACAACGGCAGCAACAGACCGGAGAGCACCAGGAAGAACCAGCUGCCAAAGCCGCCGCGUGUCCGCGCGACGCGGACACGCAGCACAGCACACCAGGACGAUACACACCACUGCACUCCGCCGCCUCUCAACACGGCGACGGCACGGCAGCGCGGGCGGGAAGCACGGUAGACUCCCCGUUGGCGUCCACCGACGGCCAUCGCAAAGUCCGCGACGGCCUUGUUGACUUCUCCUUCAACGUGGGUGAGGUAGAGGGCGUUCAUCGUCACCACGACCACCACCCCGGCGCACAACACGCCGCCGUGGAGAAACUUCUCUCGGCUCCUUUCGUCGCCUCCUCACCGACGCAGCAGCAGCGCCGUGGGUCGUGGCACUGCGUGAAAGGCGGCGGCCUCUCGCUGGGCGGCAGCCUCACACAGGUGAGCACCUCCCUCUUACAGGACCGUCUGCAUGGACCGCCGCGCGGCGAAUCAACCGAGAUAUCGCCGCCGCCCACCCCACCCGCGUCGGUGUCCCUCUCUUCCCUACGAGAUCGAACCCCGCACACCCUCGCGAGCAACUCCCCUCCCCCAACGCACGAAGCAGGUGCCACGCCGUUGAUAAACUUGGUUGCAGCACAGGCAAAGAAGGAACGUCGCCGGCCGUACCGACUGGACAGUGCGCAGGCGAGACGGGAUGUCAUGGCGAAGCAACGCCACCGCAGGCUGCUGGAGCUGAGCAGUGUAGAUCAUACUGCCGGCAGCAGCAGCAGCCACAGUGGCUGCCGAAAUGUGGAAGGACAGGGAGACGCAAGGAAGAAGCAUUUGCCUUAUGCAGGCGAUGGCGCGAGCGCCGGGUGGAUUGCCGCACUGUCGUCGUCGACGCUGACCCGCGAUCACCCCAAGCGGGUCGAGAGUGAGCUGCCCUCCACCUACUCCGGUGUCACCUCGCCGUCCAUGGAGUCCUCUGCGCCGCUCAGCAACACCGUGGCGGCGGCACGGGUGAGCUCGACUGGGGCAGCGCAGCGCAGCGCCACCAGCGCCACCGCCGCCCCGCCCGCGCAGCUGUCGCGUAGCUCCGGCAGCUUCAAGACGACGGCCUCCUUGACCAGUCUGCAGCACCGACUGUGGCAGUACACCGUACCCGGCAAGACGGCUGCGCCCACCACAGCCUACAAAGGCGCAGCCAGCGGCAGAGCGGCGCAGUUCCCUCUCUCUUCCUGUCUUCCGCCGUCGACUCCACCGGGGCGUCUGCCGCCGCUGCCGGAGUCGCAGCGCACCGCCGUUCGUCAAGGGCGUCGAGGGCAAUGCGCACACAGAGUCCACAUCCACGACGGCUACGCCGCCCCUGCGCUACACCCUCUCACCUACCCGCCGCCGACGGUCGUGCCCAUGUCGGGUGUCCCUGUCGCGCAGUGGCAGUUGUCGCUGCAGGACGAGCGCACGCGCGGCCAACGGGGCAAGCGGAUGGCGCAGUGGCUCGUGCAGAAGCUGCUGACCACGCCACCGUCCACCGACUUUCAUCGUAGCCGCUAUGACAGCUUAACGGCUGACAACGGCGGUCAUGAGGAGAACAUCAGCGGCGGCGGUCUUCUGCGCUCCCUCUCCGAACGGGCGGCCGUCGCGGCGUACCUUCUCAGCACCCUUGUCGAGGACGCCUUACCGCGGCACCAGCACAGCAUGCUGCCGUACGUGCGCAUGUUGAUCGAUUUCGCCUUCGUGCCGGACACGCCGGCGAUUCGCGCGGCGAUGGGCACGGGCACGGUGCAGGACGAAGAACUCCUCGAUCGAUUGGCCCGGUACGAUCGCUGCUCGAUCCCGCUCAUCACUGUCGCAGCCCACACGACGUCGCCGUCACAAAAGGUGGGCAGGUUGAGCUCCUCACUGGGCAGCAGCGAAGCCGAAGAGAAUGAAGUGAUGGCAGUGGAUCUGACCGACCUGCUCGCCCCCUCCUUCACACGCAUGACCUACAUCGCCGCCCACUUUGAGUUGUCCGGCAUGGCGGUCGCGCUCGCCCACGAGGUGCGGUGUCGUGAGCUGCACCACCGCAACGUCCCGCGCCUGCUCGAGCGCACUCACAAGAACUGGAUGCGUGGGCUGAUGCGGGCUGUCCUGCGCGCCUGGCGACACCUCUGCCAGGAGCGACGGGUGCAGCAGCAGCGGCAGCGGGCGCGGUGGGCGCUGCGGUGGACGAGUGAGCGAACGCGCAUCUCGCUGCGGCGGUGGCGCGGGUACGCGGCCUUCACCCUGCAGCUGGCGGAGGCGGACAACGUGGCCAAGGUGGCCCUUCUGCAGAAGCGCGCCUUUAUUGAGCGGAUGGACGCGGAGGCCACGGCGAUGCAGCGGGCAAGUGAGGAGCUGCAGGAGGCACUGCAGCGCCAGGAUGAGGAGCGGGAGGUGGUGGAGGAGACGAUCGCAGAGCGAGAGAUUCUCUACCAGCGUCUUCUGCAGCAGGUGCGCGAGGUGGACCGGGUCGGGUCGCUCAUGCUGAACUCCCUCCUCUUGGAAGAUGCGCCGCCCCGGUUUGACGAUGCGACGAUGAUUACUUCGCUCGCGUCACCGCAGCCGUCGCACAGCGGCUCGCAUCGCGGCUCCGUGCAGUCAGCAAAGGUGCUCAUGAGUCCAAAAAGUUCGUUUGGCGACACCAUCCACUCCUCUGAGGGAGCGAACAGCGACGAUGAUUCUUCUGUUGGGGACGAGAAAGAGGAGGAAGAGCUGCGGGCCCCGCACGCCGUCACGGCGCUUCCCUCCCUUCUGCAGUGGGCCAAGGACUGUUGCAGGGUGACCGAGGCGGCGUUUCUCGCUGCCUACCCCGCUGCGGUGAACGUGAACGGCAUGGUGGAAGACGAGGAGGCGGAGGAAGGCGCGGGAGAAGGCGAAACGGAAGAGCUGCCUGCACAGUCGCCGUCGUCGUCCCGCACGUCGCCAUCGGCCGCCUCCUCACCCGCCUCCGCGCAGCGGCGCAAAGCAAGCGUUGCGGAGAGUGAUGUGGCGGAUCUGAUAUGUCACCCGCCGCUGGACUUUGAUGCGUUGCUCUUGAGCACCACGAGCGACGCCAGCGGGUCCGAUGCGUCGGUGGCGGAGACGGUGCUGCUGCCGCUGCAUAAGCUGCUGCUCCUCAUUCGAGGCUGCAGCGGCGUGGAGGGAGAAGGGGCAGAGGAGGGGACGGAGGGGGGAGAGAAGGUCGCUGCCACCACCGAGGCGGCGACGAAGGAAACGCCGCUAAGCGUGGCAAAGGCCAGGUUUAAUUUGAUGGGUGGUGCGGAAGGCGAGAAAGAGAUGGUCGUCGGCGUAGAGGGCGCCGCGUCCCCUUCCCUCGCCAUGAUUCGCACGGUGCAGCUCACCGAUGCGGCUGUCUUGAAGGAAGCCCACGCCUUGCUCGACCACGAGGCCGGGGCGCUCAUCCACCGCUACUCCGGCGACUCGCCUCGCUUUGCGGCCUCCGUCACGUCGUCCACCAACGCGGCACGGCGCCUAAACGAAGCGGACGCGCCGCCACCGUCUGGAGUACCGCUGAUGCUGCGCCUCUCCGCCGAGAAGCGCGAGAUGCUGCAGCGUGUCUGUCACGUGGUGAUCGACGCCUACGAGCAGCUGACCGGCACUGCCAGCGUCGUUACAGCGGAGCAGCUCUUCGAGCGCUCCCGCGGCACCCUCCUCGUCUUCCUUGCUGCCUUGAUGCGGCACUUCACGAACUGGAUGGUGCGCCGCACCCAGCAAGCACUGCCAGCCACCACCACGACUACCGGUGCAGAGGCGUCCGCAGCGGCGAGCGAGUCGGACAGCGCAGUAUCGUCAACGACGAGGAAGACGCGCCGGACGGGCAGCAGCGGGGAGACCCAUCAGCGCUACGACGCAUGGUCGCAUCCCCCGCACAGCCACCGUCAGUGGCGUCGGCAGGUGCGGCGACAGGCGGAAUGGAUCGCGCUCUCCUUCAGUGCCCUGCACGACGCGAUGCGGGUCGCCACGUUGCCCCCACGCGUCCUCACGGUUAGACAGCACGAUCACGUCUCGGGCCUGCUCGAGCAGCUGUCCCUGACGGAGUUGACGGACUUGCUGCCUAGCUCACCGGAUCAAACCAUGCAGUGCUAUGUGAGCCUGAUCGCUGUGGUGGAGCGCUACGCGCCGUCGCUGCACCUGCUCUUCCAUCAAUUUGCCCUGCCUCUGGCGCAGCUGCGCGCGGACGGCGGUGCCGGCGCCGCCACCCCGGCCAACUCGAAUCCAAACUCCUCGAUCGAGAACGACGGUGCGCAGAGCGGCGGUUGGGAGACGGAGAUGUACGUGACGGCCAACACGGUGUGGCAUCUGCUGUGCAUGACGGGGCUCGCCGGGAAGGUCAAGGAGGCGUACUGCACUGCCGCGUCUCGGCUACACGCCAAAGGCGGCGCCGCCGCGGCCGCCGUCAACCCGCCGCUCGCUGCCACGCUACACCGCCCUGCCGUCUUUAGUCUCAUUGAACAAGUCACACAGCACGGCGUGACCCCGACGACGACGAGCUUGCAUCGCGCCUCCAUGCGUCGGCACAGCACCGCCUCCCACACCCAACCCGACGUUUGUGGCGGCGUCGCCGGCGGUGGCGGUGCAAAAACGCCCGUGCUGGUGCAGACGGUCAGCUGCAGGACGCGCCCGCGGGCCUGCUAUGCACAGGCGGUGCGCGAAAGUCGACACAUGGACCUGCGGGCCGACACCGGCGCCGUCUGCGUGAACUACACGCAGUUUGUGAAGGUCCUCAUACGACUUGCCCACGCCUGGCAGUGCCAGCAGCAGCAGCGGGAGGCGGCCGAGCAUGAUGCCGCGCUACAGCAAAGAGAGGAAGAGGAGCAGGCGGCAGCACGGCACGUCGCUUCGCAGGAUGAAGGAAACGCGGAGGCCGAUAAUCCAGAAAAUGCCGCCGCAACUUCGGAUAGCAGCAAGGAACGAAAUUCGAACGGCUCCGGUGAUACGACGUCCACCACCGAGACGGCCUUCACCUCAACCCAGCGCGGUGGCGGAAUUAUUACCUCCGUUGUUACACCCACCAAAGCACGCGUCGAUUCGGUAGCAAAGGCACCGAAGGACCGACAGCGCUCGCUGUCUUCCACAACGUCCUCUCUCUCCGCUCCGUCGCUGUCUAUGCGGGUGGAGUACGAGACCGGCAACUACGCCCGUAUCCUCUGCCUCUCCUACUUCGACGCGUUUAUAGGCGAGCUCCUCUUGCCGCGCCUGCUGGGGGCGCACCGGUGGAUCGGUGCAGCGCAGCGGGCAAUGUGCAGCCGCCCGGUGCUGCAGGUCCUCGCGCAGCAUCACGAUGCGUUGGUCGGCGCCUUCCGCGACUUUCAGCGGCCACAUGAGGCCCGCGGCGUGCGUGCAGCGCUGCCACCACCGUACUCCACCGUGCUUGCCUCCCAACUUUUCCUCCGCGUGAUCGACGCCGAGCGGCAGGCGAGCAGCGGCUUAACGGUAGGGGGUGGUCGCGGCAUGAGCCACGUGCAGCGCGCGUCGUUCAUUUACAGGCUGCACAGAACCCUGAGCCGACGCGGCAGCAGCACCGCUUUGUUUGCGGCGGAUAACGGUGCCUAUGAAAAUGGGGGAGGUGGUGGUGGCGCAGGCAAAGGUGCCCGUCGCAACCCAUCGCCGGAGGACAUCGCGGUGUCGGAUGGCCUACGUGCCUCGGCGGCCGCUGUGCAAGUUCGCGACAUCAGCAUCGUGAGCGUGCUGCAGUGGAAGGACGUGCUGGCGUUGUGGAAGGAAAUGCGGUGGUGGCGCAUUCCGCGGCUGACGGAAGACGCGCUGCGGCUCUGCUUCGAGCACGUGCAGGCGGACGUAACGCGCGAAGGCGACGGCAUUUUCUUUCCGGAGUUUCUGCAGCUGCUGUGCGCCGUGGCAUCUUACGCCUCGCCAAGCCCCGCCGUACCGCUGGAGGUAAAAUUGAAAGGCUUUUUGGAGUUGUAUGUGUUGUCUACACAGGACUAA